AUGAGUAGAAAUGGGAAGCUCGGACGGAAAGGUGUGGGUCAGUCUAGUAUGGCUGAUAAUGGGGAUUCGGUGUGGAGGGAUAUUUGGAGAUUGAAGGUUCCACCCAAAUUAUGUCAUUUUGUUUGGAAAGGGUGCAGGAAUAUUUUGGCAGUGCGUACAAAUUUGCAACGACAGGGGAUACGUCUGGAGACUAGUUGCCCUUUUUGUGAAGAUGUGACCAUGGUGGUCGGUGUGGAUUUUUUGGAAUGUCCGAAGUGGUUAUGUGCAAAAUAUGGUAAAGAUGGGGAGGCUUGUGACCUUAUGCGAUGGGUGGUUGGUGGUUUAUGGAGGAUAUGGAAAUGUCGAAAUAGUUUGGUGUUUGAGAAGGUUGAGGUAAAGCCCCUUGUUGCGAUUCAAUUACUUAAACAACAAUGGGAGGAGUUGAAGGUUUGUGAAGAAGCAUAG